CCUGUCCUGGUUGUCCGUCUGUCCCCUUACAGCCCACAUCACAGCAGACGUUCAGCAGUAACGAGGCCACGCCGAGCAGWACGGCAAGGUGUGUGUCCUGCAGCUGCUAGGACAGAGAGUAUUUACCUGUGACUGCUGCUAAUCCUUCUCCAUGAAUUACAGAGGAGUUCAGAUCCAUCUCUGGGCUCGUGGGUCAUACUGUCUGUCCCGCCACUACCUGCCCAGGAAAAUCACUCAGGUCCGAAGCUACAGCGCUCAGCAGCCUCCUGAACCAGCUCCCCUCGCCAACCGAGCCUCUCCYGGACCAAAGAGUAAAGCUGAGGUGGUGAAGGAGCACACCAUGUCAGUUCUGAAGCAUGCAGGAGAGCUGGGGCGGCAGUGGAGUCAGAGGUCAGCUCAGGCUGCCAGUGCCACCAUCAACUACUGGUGGGGGAGGUACGAGGAGUUCGUUGGGCUCAACGAGGUCCGAGAAGCUCAAACCAAAGUCACAGAGGCUGAAUCUGCCUUCAUGGUGGCCAGAGGAAUUGUACGUGAGGCUCACGAGAGCCUGGAGGCCCUGCAGGGUCGGCUGAAAGAGGUCCGAGACCGUCUGGACCGAGUCUCCAGGGAGGAGGCUCACUACCUGGAGCUGGCCACGAUGGAGCACAAGCUGCUGCAGGAGGAGCGCCGCCUCCGCACGGCGUACGAGAACGCGGAGAGCUCAGAGCGCGAGAAGUUCUCCUUGUUCUCGGCGGCUGUCAGGGAGAGCCACGAGAAGGAGAGGACGAGGGCGGAGCGCACCAAGAACUGGUCCGUCAUCGGCUCGGUGCUGGGAGCCCUGAUCGGCGUCAUGGGGUCGACGUACAUCAACCGCGUCCGCCUGCAGGAGCUGAAGAGUCUGCUGCUGGAGGCGCAGAAGGGUCCGGAGAGCCUGCAGGAGGCCCUGAAAGUCCAGGCCGGGAACCACCGCUCGCAGCAGGACGAGCUGCGGCUCCUGAUCGACAGCCUCAGGCUYGCGCUGACUCAGGGCUUUUCGAUGCGAAGCGGCCCUCAGGAGGAAGGACCGACCCCGCCUCUGUCUGCCUUAAAGGACCUCCAGAAGACCCCGUCCAUCCUGGAGUCCCUGCCCCCGCAGCUGGGCCAGCUGGGACGAGGCCUCGGCAGGGUGGAGGACCAGCUGUUAGCGGUCAGGAAGCUGCUGGAGAACAAACCGCUGACGGAAGCACGGGCCGUGCCGCCGCCGCCGCCUGAGGGUCCAGGGACAGACCAGUCUGAGACAGUGGUCAGGAGUCUGGAGGACACCAGGAGGACGCUGGGAGAACAGAUCAGGACAAACACGGUUUAUAACGCCGUGUUCGCCUACACCGCCGCCGCAAUCAGCGUCUCCGCUGUGUACCUGCUGCUCAGAGGGACGGGCUAGAGUCGCCAUGUUUGGACUCUUUGUGUCGCUUCAGGAGAUUAAAGGAGCGAACGCUGAAAACUGAGCUUCAUUAACGCCGAUUUUUAAAUUCAAUUCACUUCAAAAAUUUUGUUCAUUUCAGAAUAAAAAACAAAGAAAACCGUUA